GUUUAAAUAUGAUCGAUCAAUCGGCUUGUGAUCUGAAUGAUCAAUUGUAUUCUCAUGCACGAAAACAUCUUACAAGCAAAUACCUGAAAGCUUUCAGCAGCACUUUCAAGAUGCACCCGAAUUUAGCCAGCACGUUUGGAGUUUUUUGCAUCAUCUUAAACAUGUUCCUGCAUUCAGUCAACGGUAGAAUCCUGCGCAGAUCUUGUGGAGACUACGCAAACUUCUCCUAUGUAGAGCAGGAUAAAGUUUUGCAGGGAGAGAAAAUAACAACAGUAAUUGUUCCAUCCGAAGAAGAAUGCGAACUUGCCUGUGUUGAUGAGCUGCAAUGCAAGUCAAUAAACAUAGAAAAGAGAAGGAAUGCCAGACAGUGCGAGCUCAACAAACGCUCUACUGCAGAUGCUUCAGACGGGGUAGUGCUAACGCCAAAGCAAGGUUGGGUGUACAAGUCAACGAGCUUUACUGAAAAUCUGAUUGGGCACAUGUGCAGGAAACUCAAUCCAUGCGAACCGGAGCAUUUGUGUCUUGAUGUUUGCUAUUCCCCUGGAUACAAGUGCACCCAUUGCAAGGAGUUUCCACUUGGCAUGCCGUGUGUUAGAUCAAUCAGUAACAUUGCAUUUGGGAAAAGUACUUCACAGUCAUCGGUGCACGGUCCGUAUACAAGUGCCAAUGCGGUCGAUGGAGGCAGAACUGGCGAUUGGAAUAAUUUACGUGAUUUUAGCAGAUGCAUGCACACACUAGCGCAAAGACCUUGGUGGUCUGUAGACUUUGCUGGAGAUGCAGUUGUGUAUUCAGUUACAAUAUACUCAAGGUUAGAUUGCUGUUUUGAACGAGUCAGUGGUCUGCAUGUAAAGCUUGGCAACAAAAAUGCGCCCAAUGCAAAUACAAGAAUUUGGACUACACCCACCUUUUCAUCGACUCAAACAAACCAUAUGAAAGAAUUCGGCCAACCGAAAAAAGGAAAGUAUCUUUAUGUGGAGUCGCAGGUAGACAACUAUUUGGAUUUUUGUGAUGUUGAAGUAAUGGGGUAUCUUCAAUAACAGAUGAAAAACCUUUUAUUAGCAUAGCAAAAGAAAAAAUAACUUUCGCUGGAAGAAGUCAAUUUUUAGGCCUUAUAUGACUUGUGUAUAGCCAGGCAUUAUUCUAAGGAUUUUCAUCCCUGCACAAAUGCAUAAAUUUUGCAAUUCAAACCAGUAUCGCGAUUAGGAGUGUAACUAGCC